AUGGGGAGCCAGCCCAUGUCCCAGUCCAAGUAUCUCGCAGAGCUGGAGGCGGAGGUGGCCGAGUUUCGACGGCAGCAUGCCCGCACUUCGGCAGCGGGAGCGCAGCCUGAGUUGGAGCUGGGAACCACGAAGCCAGUGGACGACGAUGACAAGGCGCUGCUGGCACAUAUCGAGGCGUAUGGAAAGGAUGCCAUCGCUGAGCAGCAUGCUAAGGCGAAGGCAGAGCGCGUGGCGCUGCGACGAUCCAAACAACCAGUCAGCAUCCAGAUCAGGCAGCUCCCCACGAAGCUGCAGAUAAAAGGUACCAAGCUGGAGAAGCUCACCAAGGCAAGUAUGGCCAAUAAGGUGGAACUCGAAAAGCUGCAGGAGGAGGGCCAGUUGCGGGCUCUUGGCAGCGGGGUUGCUAAGCCUCCGGAUCCUGAUUCCGAGCGCGACUCAGGGGGCCACUUCAACCUGGACGUGUUGGACAGGAUUCUCCAGGCGGCCGGGGUCUCGGGGGAGCUCGUCGCCAACGUCAAGGCGAACCCGUCGGUGGAGCAGCUGCGUCUACCACCUCGGGCACGCGACGAUGCUUCGCAAGACGCGGCGCCAGCGCCCAAGCGGCCUCGCGUGGAGGAUGUGGAGAUUGUUGAUGAACCGACCUCCCCCUAUUUCGACAACAGUGAUGUCGGAGUGCUGCGUGCCAGCCUGGAGGAGCUCGAUUUCGUCGGGGAGUUGCCGAAGGAUGGGGCGGACCUGCGCUCCAUGGCCAAGAAGGGCUUCCAGGGGCUGCACCUGGUGCCAUUGAACAUCACUUGCGCGCAGGGUGCUGGCGCGACCAUCGACCACUGGAUAAUAUGUAGCAGCCUGGUCACGCGGAUUUCGCAGCCGCACGUUGCCCAGCUGGACUGGAAGCCGCCGCGGCGAUGCGCGUAUCAGAGCAAGGAGACGGCGGCGUUGCAGGUAGCGGCUAGUGGGUCGACAGAGUUGCGCAAGUGGAAAGGUAUUUGGGCCGAGCAUGGGCUCGCGCAAUUCCACGGGCCCUCGGAUUUCCACGCGCGGGGCCAGCUAUCCGAGAUGUCGGUGGAGUUCCUGCGUCCGGCGCGCCUCAAGUUUAAAGAGACCACGGCGGCAGAUGUGAUGCAGAUAGGUAUUGUGCUGCAGGACUCAGCGUCGGGCAAGUCAGGCCAGCGAGGCAACGUUGCGUUCACGGACGACGCGGGGAGGUGGUCCAACCAGCCGGCUGGGGACGGCAUCAGCGCCUUCCUCCGGGUGCGGGUGUCGGUGCCGGCCGAGCUGCUGGUGGCCCCGGGGGACGCCCGCUACAAGCCGGCGGCGCCCUGGGCGCAGCCCUCGCAGCUGGCGCGGCAGCUGCCGCAGUCGACGCAG